UGCACCGGUCGAUUUCAUUUCAAGUUUGGUCAAAGCAGGGUUGAACAUCACACACUCGGGGCCCUCUGAAGCUCCCCACAAUGCUUUUAUGAACGAGACAUCACAGCAGCGAGACGCGCGAACAGCCCCGUGUUAGUAGAGGAGGAGGACGCAGCAGUCUCGCCGCUCGCACCGGCUCCACGAGCAGAACCUGCGGGCGCUCACCGUGCGCGUCAACUUAAAACAAAAACAAACUAAAAUCUCCCCUUUUUUUCCGCGGAGACGACAAUCUUUGGAUCUCAAACAUUUAAUGGAUGUUCUUGGAUAAUCUCCGGCUGUUUGACGCGGAUAGCUGCUCCACAGUCUUGCCCGGCGCACGUCGGUCCAGGAAUGGCGCGAUAAAGUGAUCAGAGGAGUCAGUCCAAGUGCAUUCACUUUUUGUGUGUGUGUGUGUAGCCGCCUCAUCAUGUAUUCUCCAAUUUGCCUCACUCAGGAUGAAUUUCAUCCCUUUAUCGAGGCACUUCUUCCUCAUGUCCGUGCCAUCGCCUACACGUGGUUCAACCUCCAGGCCCGAAAGCGCAAGUACUUCAAGAAACACGAGAAGCGCAUGUCCAAGGACGAGGAGCGUGCGGUGAAGGACGAGCUUCUGAGCGAGAAGCCCGAGGUUAAGCAGAAAUGGGCGUCCAGGCUGCUGGCCAAGCUGCGUAAGGACAUUCGGCAGGAGUACCGGGAGGACUUUGUCCUCAGCGUGACGGGCAAGAAGCACCCGUGCUGUGUGCUAUCCAACCCAGACCAGAAGGGCAAGAUCCGCCGGAUCGACUGUUUGCGGCAGGCCGACAAAGUUUGGCGUCUGGACCUGGUGAUGGUCAUCCUCUUCAAAGGCAUCCCUCUGGAAAGUACAGACGGGGAACGCCUUGUCAAGUCUACACAUUGCACCAACCCAGCACUUUGUGUCCAGCCACACCACAUAACAGUAUCAGUCAAGGAGCUGGACUUGUUUCUGGCAUACUAUGUCCAGGACCAAGACUCGCAGCAGUCAGGAAGUCCCAGUAACAAUGAGCCAGGCAAGAACCCUCUUCCAGUCUACUUGGAGGACAGCUUCAUCAAAUCAGGAGUCUUCAGUGUUACAGAACUGGUGCGAGUGUCCAGAAUGCCCAUCACCCACGGUGCAGCGGUAAACUUCUCCAUGGCCGACAUGCCCAGCCAACCCUACUACCAUGACCUGAACUCCAGCGUGGGGCUGCAUCGCUCCCUGUCCUCCCCUCCUGGCAGCAAAAGGCCCAAAACCGUCAACAUGGACGAGAACAUGGACACCAGCCCGACAGGACCUGACUUCUACUCGUCACCCAGCUCGCCAGCCAGCAGUCGUGCGAACUGGCACGACAGAGACGGAGCAGACAUGUCCUCUCCCACCAUGAAGAAGCCAGAGAAGCCGCUCUUCAGCCCCACCUCCCCGCAGGACUCUUCACCACGACUCAGCACUUUCCCUCAGCCUCAUCAUCCAGGCCUAACAGGUGUAGGACACAGUGUUAUAUCGACAAGGAGCCCCCCUCCACACUCGCCCUUGCAGUUCUCUGCCUCGGCUAUCUUGCCCCCAGCGCCGUCACCCUACUUUUCGCACACCACCAUCCGCUACCCACCCCACCUCAACCCUGCUGAUCCCCUCAAGAGCUACGUGCCGUCAUAUGACCCGUCCAGCCCACAGAGCAGCCAGCCUAACAGUAGUGGUCAGGUGGUAGGAAAAGUCCCAGGCCACUUCACCCCAGUUCUGGCCCCCUCCCCACACCACGGCGCUGUGCGACCCGUCUCGCUCUCCAUGCCCGACACCAAGCCCAUCACCACAUCCACAGAAGGCUACUCAUCCCCUGGCACCCCGACGGCUAACCGUUUUGUAGGCCUGAGCCCCAGAGAUCCAGCCUUCCUCCACCAGCAACAGCUGAGGAAGUGUGACUGGAGCGUGACUCAAAACGGCAGGCAUUAUGGCCCCAGUGCCACUGACGACACUUUGGGGAUUACUUGGCAAAGUCCUGGUACCUGGGCGAGCUUAGUUCCAUUCCAAGUGUCGAACGGGACUCCGAUUCUGCCAACAAAUGUCCACCAGAACUACAGCAUAAACAUCAUUGGUGAGCCCCUGGUCCCCGCUGAGACAGGGAACUGAACACACAGAGGCCGGAUGACCCCCAGGGUGGAUGGGUGUUGGUGGUGCAGAGCUAGCACUACAGGUGUCCGCAGCCAUGGAUGAAACCAGCAAAGCAGCCCGAGCUGCACAAUCGCUCCCCCCCCCACACACACAAACACACACACUCCCAAUCCCCCUUCUAUGUUCCUCCCCACUCCCUGUCCCUCCCUGUGAAGGACACUGGCCGUGAAGUGAAGAUGAGGGUUGGUUUAGAGGAAAGAAAAGAGAAAAAAGCUUCAGGUCUGCUGUCUCCUCGCCCAAGCCCACACAUCCACCACCCACCAGUCAGUUGUUGUGUUUGCAGAACUUUUCAAUCCAUUCAAAUACUGUGAUGUAUAGAUGCCUUAAUGUUUUAUUGCAUGACACUCUAGUCUCUUAGCGGCAAUUCCUACUUUUUUUUCCAUGUUGGGAGAAGAUGUAAAAUCUUGAUUUACACAGACACACACAGAAGUGAAGAGGUCUGCGUAUCGACAACCUCUGCCUGGUGGAUGGCUCUGAGACUCUAAGCUCGCCGACUCUUGAAAAGAGGCUUUCCCCGUCAAACGAUUCACUGUGUACACCAUAGGAACAAAAAAAAAUUGUGAAUUCAGAGUGUUUCUUCUUCCGUUUGAUUUCAGUUUACUGUGAUACGACUCUUUGUUCAGAAAAUGUGUUGACUUUUACGUCUUUACUGCUACUUACUUCAAGAAUUAACGUAAACACUUAAUGGUAAGAGUUGAGAACUAUCGAUGUGGUUUUCGGAAAAAAAACACUAAAUGUUAGGCUUGAGAUUGGACCCCUCAUUAAAGAAUUUGCAACUCCUUUACAAAAGGAUAUAAAAAGACGGAGAAAAAGAAAAUCUCGAUAGAGGCAAGUGCAAUUGAAUUUUUGAAGGGAAGCUAUCAGUCUGUCAGCCCUAGGACUCUAAAGGAAGGGGGAUAAAUAUUAAAUGGUUUUAUGGGUAAAAUGUUUAAAGAAACAUUUGAAUUUGAUUUCAGUCACAUGUCCGUCUCCUCACAUGAGAAAAACAUCGAGCGUGAAAGGCAGUUGAAGGCAAGCACUAAGCUAACUGUGCAGCGUUGAGCAAAAACCAGCACUUCUUUUGAGCCCUUCCCAUCAUUAUGGGGAGUUUUCUUUAUUUAUUUUGGGGAAAAAAUAACCGAACAUAAGCAAAGAAAUGAGACACACAUAGUGUGUAAACAUUUCUUUUAUUUUCUUUUUCUUUUUAAAUGUUCACGAUAAGAUCAAGAGCAUAUGCAUUUGGCCAUCAGCUUCUAAAGCUUAUGUUUACAAAAAAAAAAAAUGGAAUGCAAAGUGUUAAUUCAUGGAAAUGUUCAAGUCAUGCAAAUGUACAGUAGGCUUACGCGUAAAGCUAGUUUGUGCAAGGUUAACUCUACAGUGGAAGAGGUUGAAAACUGAAAUUAUGAAUCCAGGUGGUGGCAAAUCCCUGAAAUCUAGAAUUGUGCACGGCAUGUUCACGGCCAUUGCCUCUCCAGUCCAGACAUAUUUAUACAAGGAAAAUCUCUCCAGUACUCUUAAUUUGCACGAUGACAUAUAGUCCACAUUACGUGCCUUGCCUUUGAAUAUAGAGACAUCACUACACUUGUUUUUGCUGCAUUUAUCAUUAUAGAUAAAAAAAAUUAACAUUUUUAUGAUAAGAAUUGUUUUGUACUCUGAAUGAAAUCGUUGAUUUUUAACUUCAUGUACUACUCUAUCUCACAGUUACAUCGCAUAUCAAGGCUGUGUAUAGUUGCCGUUUUAAAGUUUGUAAUCAACCAGCAUUUUUUUCCCCCCAGUAUUUUGGUGGUUUUUCUAAUAACCUGUCAUCUUUUGUUUUCCUUAUUUUUCAAUGCUCAUUUUGUUCAUCUUCCAGUUACUAUUGUGGAGGGUGGAAUAAUUCAGAAUUAUGAAAAUUAUGCAAUACCAAGUUUUGCCUAUGUAGGUAGUGCUUAUAGAUGCGUCAAUUAUUAGAGGCUAGUUUGGAGAUAGACAAUAUUGUAAUGCAUUUAUUUUGUUGAUAUCGUUGUUUGUCGUUGUUGUUGUUGUUGAUGAUGUUGUUGUUGUUGUGGGUGUUUUUCCUUUUUUAUUGACCAAAGUGGGGACUGCUUUCUAUGCAGUGUAUGACAAGGUCUUUUUUUUUCUCAUUUCUUUAGCAUUUAGGCCUACCGAAUGACAGUGAGACAUGUUCCAGUGUAUUUUCAAUUCGGGAGUCUUAGGGGGUGGGGCGGUAUUUUUCUAAAAGUACUUGCAUGCAAAAAUGCACCCUUGGUCUUUCUAUGGCUGCAAAGUCACUGAUUGGUCUACUGUGACUCUUACUUUCAACUUUCCACCUGGGGUGCUAGCAUGUGACCUUGAAGAAGCUCAUUUUUCACAGGAGAGACGGCUUGACUUGAGUAUGACAAUCAUUUUAAGAAUUAGUUUUUGCGUCGAACCCCGUUCUGUCUUAGAACCCUUAAAGCUACAACUGAGGAUGCAUGCUGUUGCGCGCUUUUACCGAACAAUAAGCCGUACUAUUCUAGACGUCACCGAAUGCAAUUCCCAAGUAGAUGCCUUAAACACAUCAGUGAAGUGGCCUGUGACCUGCGCAACAAUCACACACCGACUAAUGCUCGUGAGACCUGUCCAAAUCAGUUGCAGACAGGCUCAAGCAAGCCUUUAGAAAGUAUUUUAUAAGUAGUAGAUUUGUAUAAAUGUAUAUAUGAUACGCACAUAUGUCAAUUCCUGAGAUACUUCCCCAGCAGAACCCCAUAGAGUAUGUUGAAGUAAAUACUGGACCACAGAAGCACGGCGUUUUCUAACUUCCUGUCCAGUGGCCUGGUAGAUGUCUAAAUUUGAAUCCACUAGAAUAAAAAUAUUGCACUUAAAUAGCACAUAGGCAAUCGUCUUCUUCCCCCGUGUAGUGUUUUGAGCCUAGUCUUAAACUAAAUCUCUCAGGCGUAUUACAGGGCAUUAUUUAUAUCAAUCAUUAUCUUGCCAUUUUUAACAUUAUAAGAUAAAAUACUUUUCUCACAGCGAGAGCGGCGCCUCCAUUGCUGCCGCAACACCUUUUGCACUCUUUCCCUACAAUCGUGAAAGACAGAAGUUUCCCUCGGAGAGGACGGUGCUACCGGGAGCAGAACAUGUUUUAAAAAAGAAGAAAAUCCUCAAGUCAAGCUCAAUCUCUCCGUCUCCACCCAGAUUUCUUAUGCAGAAAAAAAAUGAAAAAGUCACCCCGUUCUAUGUGCACUGUUCUGUCUUUUUUUUUGUUUUAUAUUCUUUUAAAAGAAAAACUAAGUGCUUUGCAGCCUUUGGCCAUUGGAAACCCCACUGAAGUGCAUUGUCCCCAAGUGUGUUUGCGCGUGUGUGUGUGUGUGUGUGUGUGUGCACGUGUGUGUGAGAUAAAAAUGUGUCAGGGUCACUGUGCUGUUGGUGUUUAUUUGAAUAGGAGACUGUACAUAAAGGUAAAUAUCCUGAUUGUGUCGAUAGCAGUAGUCUGUGGGGUUGAACUCUGCUUUGGCAGCUUUGGGUGUGCGUGCUUGCAUGUGUGACUUUGUGUGCUGGGUGUGUGAUUGAGUGCCUCUGACAUAACACAAUGAGAGAAGAUGAGGGUCUUUCUAUUGAAAAAAAGCCUGCCGUAGGACAGGAGUUUGUACACUGUAAACGUUCUCGAGAGUUCCUCUCUUAAGCCCUUAUUUGUAAAUCUUCAAUUCUGGGGGAAAAUGAGUCAGUUCCAUUUUAGGAAAUUUAAUUUGGGUUUUUGUUUGUUUGUUUUCGAAGCUGGAUUUGAGUCAGAACUCUCCAGUUUCCCCCGAUUAGUAGUCUAAAGUGUUUGCAUCAGUUGUAUUCCUGUAUGUAAAGUCAAAAGGAUAGGGGGUGGGGGGUGGGUAUUCUAUUCUUCAACAACAAUGAAGGCUUUUUUAAAAAUAUAUUAUUUCUGAUCUUGGUUAGUGCUUAGAUAUUUCCAUUUGGGAAACACUUCAUUAAUAUUUGCAUUGUUGUUCUUUUCAUUAGUGUGGCCAUAGCGAGUGUGAUGUGAUUUAUCUCUUCUUUUUAUUUUUGGGAAAUGGAUGUGAAUUCUUGUCCAACAAGAUCGUGGUGUGAAUGUGUUUCUUGUAGCAGCUGGGAGGUGAUGUCACUUAACCAGUAGAAAAGGCCCCAGAUUGCACCUGACCUUAAGCGAGAAGCAGGGUAAAAAAUAAAAGAAAAUAAAAAUCUGCAGUGACAAACGUCCUCUAUGAAUCCAUCAGAUAGUGGUUGUUGUUUUUUUUUGUUUGUUUUUUUUUUCUUUUCAGAGGAAAUGUUGCAAGACGAUUGGUGCUACAUUUCGACAUAGCUCAGAUUCGGCUGGCCAGUGUUGAGCAGUCUACUUCGUUCAUAUGCAGACGACACUCUCAAAUCUCUUUAAAGAUCAGUAACAGCAUCGAGGCAUUACUCAUUUUGCACAUGCCCCAUGCUGUCUAUGCCUGAUGUGAUGUGGGAAACCCUUCAUUCACACUACAAACAAAUAUUACAUUAAGUGCAGGUGCCUCAGAAUAGGGUACAGUACCUUCCGGCGGAUAAUAGGUAGUCUAUUGGGGUAUAUUUCUGUUGCUACGCAGGUUGUGAUUGUAGCCUGUAAAAAAGCUCUUGAAACUUUAUGAAAUUUUUAAUCGGUGUUCUACGCAUCAACCGCUUCAACAGCCGUAUUCAAGGCAGACUUUUACACUCACAACCACCUUAUUUUAGAAAGUAUUAUGUCAUUGAUGACUGCGAUCAUCGAGAAACAGGGCAACUUUAUGCAAGGAGGACCUGUGGCACUCAUGCAAUAUGUGUGAGGUUCUUUUUUAAUUGAAUGUCACGCAUUCUGUAGGGGCUGAGAGGUCAUAUAUACGUGCAGACUUAGAGGAAGCAUUAAAAAAAACCUUCAUUUUCAUCCUACAUGAGCAAUAUACACACCUUCCAUACGUUGGCUAGCUGCUAGUCACUUGGCAUCAGGUUGUUACGAAACAUGAAAAACCAGCAUUUUUACAGGAUGUAACAUUCACCAAAAGAAGACGAAAAGAUAGCAAAUGCAGUGCCUGUUCAAGCUGUCCAAGUGUCUGUUGUAUAUAAUUGUAAAAUGUGAUAGACUUACUUUCUCAUAUGUGACAAGAAAAACACCAUCACACCGAACAGAAUGUGGGAAAUAUGCUCUUUAUUAUUUGAUUUAUUCAUUUUCAAAUUAUGUCAGCACACAAUGCCCACAUCGAGCUUGUUCAAAAUUUGAGAGGAAAUGUUCACUCUUUUUCUUUUUUUCUUUCUGGGAGAGGGAAGGGGAGGGGGUGGGAGGGUGUCAGUGCUACAGUACAUUAAGCGCAGUGAAAGGAUGAAAUAAUGUCUUUUCUUAAGAUUAGUCACCGGUUUUCUCUGCAGGGCUGAUUUAUUUUUGGGUCUUGUGGCACUUUUACUUCCCUCUGCGCACACAUUUCUACUUCAUGAAUUAUGGUGGAAUUAUAUAUAAUGAACAACAACAACAACACCAACAAAACAAUAUGUAAACAGUCUCCAGUAGUGAUCGUAGUUACACUGCAAGUGUGUGCAAAGGUCUAUGUAUGUAUCUGAAUGUACGUUUUAGAGGACUUUUUGGAAACCUUUUUUGUUUUUUAUCUUUUCAUUGACGGUUUAGGAGCCACAGGUGUCCAUUGUGAACUGUAUAGCGAAGACCUUGAUAUCCCUUCUUUUAUUGAUUUUUAGAAACGCCGAGCAUUAGGCGAUGCCUUCAAGCUGGUUACAUUUGGUGCAGGGGCUAAAAUUGCCACAAGAUUAAAAUCAGUGUAAAUAAAGGCUCAACUUUUUGUGAUUGUUACUGUUAUAUCCAGCCUAUACUGCUAGCAGCUGUUUUUACUGCAGUCAAUUACUGGAAGUGGAUAUAUUUCCUAUGCAAAACUGUUUAAACAAUAAAAUGAGCUAUGCUACAAAAAUGA